AAAAUCAUGUAAAAUGUGUAUAAAUACACAUACAAAACGGCCACACCUCUUCGAACACUCAUAAUCACUUUGGUCGGCCGCUUUCUUCCUUUCUCCUCCCUCAAAUAUAUAAACAUCUCUUUUCUCUCCUAAGUUCAACAUCGAAACAUAUCGAUCAUAAAAAGAAUGUUGCAGUACCAAGAACUCGCUCUUCAAAGAAGCUUCAGCUGCAACACAAGAAAGAUCAAUCCAGAGACCUCUCCGGCGCGUAGCUUCCACUCCCGUUCUCCUUCCUCCUCCUCCUUGAUCCCAACCAUCCCUGAGCAUGACCUCUUCCUCGUACCUUGUCAUAGAUGCUCCACCUCCUCAUCCUCCACGACUUCUUCUACUUCCUCUAAAAUUGUCGUGAAAGUCAACUUGAAACUUUCUUCCUUCUUACGUUCUCUCGUCAACCUCGUUAACCUACCCGUUUGCAACUUCAUCUCUCUUCCUUCUCCGCCGUCUUCUUCUAACCAACUCAUCUCACUCGUCACCGGUAGAUCAUCCUCCUCCCUCGGGAGAAGAGUCACGGGGACUUUGUACGGACACAGAAGAGGCCACGUCACGUUUUCAGUCCAGUACGGUCCGAGAACCGAUCCAGUGUUGCUCUUGGACCUAGCCAUGUCAACGGCAUCUCUAGUCAAAGAGAUGUCGUCGGGGCUCGUAAGGAUCGCGCUGGAGUGCGAGAAACGUCACCGUUCCGGGACUAAGCUUUUCCACGAGCCUAAGUGGACUAUGUAUUGCAACGGGAGGAAGUGCGGUGCCGCGGUGUCCCGUGGCGGAGCAUGUAAUGACUCGGACUGGCGCGUGUUGAACACGGUAUCGAGUGUCACGGUUGGAGCGGGAGUUAUACCAACGGCGAAGAGUAUUGAUGACGUGGCCGGUGGUGGAACGGAGCUUGGAGAGUUGUUGUAUAUGAGAGGUAGGUUUGAACGAGUCGUGGGGAGCCGUGACUCGGAGGCGUUUUACAUGAUGAACCCUGACAAAAACGGAGGUCCUGAACUCAGUAUUUUUCUUCUUAGAAUAUGAAGAAAAAAAAAUGUUUUUUCUUAAAAGAGUUAUUUGACUUUUAAAAAUAUUUGAAAAUGUCUUAAUUAAUGUGUUAUUAUAUAGUGAAUGAUUACAAUGUUGUGUCAUGAAAUAUAUGUAAACGAUAAUGAGAAGGGCGAUGAGGUAUGCUAGGUUUUUUUCUUAAUGUUAUGAGAUGUGGUGUUUUUGUUGUUGUUUUUACAACAAUUUUUAUAUUUUUGGUUUUUGUUAAAUAAGAAGAAAUGAUGGAUGUGAUAAUUAAAUAUAGUAUGUGGUUGCUU